UCUCAGUUUUUCAGUGUGGCGUGUUCUCCUCAAAGAAUGGUGGAGACAUAUCAGUAUCUACCGGUAAGUCAGGUGACUAAAAUCACGGAGCGGGAAACAUUAUUGUCAUUCAAACAAUCAGUACCUUGAUAACAAUCCAGCCUAUUAUUUUACUGCAAUAGAGAGACUUACAGCCACGUUUACGGCAAAUCCAAGUUGAGAAAUUCUCAAAAUAGAAAAUGAGCAGAUAAAAACAGCUCACUGAAACAAUUCUUAUGGAUAAAACUGGCAUUAAUCUACUGGUUUCCGUGCAGUUAUAAUGAACAGUAAACGACAUUUUUAAAAAAACCUUGGUCACGUGGUACAAAUUCUCGUUUGCCGUAAACGUGAUUCUAAAUCUCUUCUUAUGUCAGAUGUUGGUCGGAACAUGGAGAAAAAUGAACGUGAGAUAAGAUGCUAAUCUGCUAAUAUUUUUCAAUCUACGGUAGACUAGUAGUCAUGCAGCAGAAUCAGAAUCAGUGUAAUAUCCCAAUUGCCUUCACGCAUCCUAAUACAGUCAACUCUCUCAUAGCGACCACUUCUCGUAAGCGACCACUUUCAAAAUAACCGUUUUGUUUCUCAGCCAAAUACCGAAUUCGAAUUCGAAUUUCUUAAACGACCCCGACCACAUUUUAAGCCAGAAAUUUAACUUGUCCUUUUGUUUUCUGUUUCCCGUAAGCGACCACCCGGCAUGAUCAUCACGUAUGAUUGUAAGAAAACCAUGCUCGAAUGUCGCAUUAGUUCAGUUCUAUAUAGCGUUGACCAGGCGUGCUGACAGAUUACAGCAGUUACCUCACAAAAUAAAUGGUUGAAAGACGAUCUGUAGGUAAACAGGUGGAUUGUAACAUUGAUGCAGAAUAUUAUGUACACGGGGUUAUGUACAAAGUUUAAACAGUUCCAAGCCCUAUUCGAAGUGAAACAUUCUUGCCAGUUGUCUAUUUGCCUAAGUUUUAGCUUGUAAGGUAAUAACCUUAUGUAAUUACGUUAAUCACUUCAUUUUAAGCUUAUAUCUAUGACUUUUCCUUCGACGACCACCUUCCGUAAGCGACCUCUUUGUCGUGUACCAAGGGUGGUCGCUUACGAGAGAUGGAUGGAUCAGGUGGAUUAGCGCCUGCGAGCAUUUCGCGCAGAGUAUAUCCAUGUGAGGGUCCAUCAAGCCUCUAGAGGCGGCGGGGGGACCCCAAUCUUGAAAAUCGAAAAUAUUUCCAUUUGGUUGGCGCUACUUGAUUCUUUUAGGGGUAUUUUUCGGUCUUUUACCUAGACCACGAUUUUCAAUUCUCGAUUUUUUUUGCUUAACAGUUUAACAAGAAUAUACCAAUUAAAGGAUUCAAGUUUUAUGUCAGCACAGCCUCGUGGAAGAUGAAGCGCCCUCCUGCUUAUUUAUUAAGGGUGUGGUAAACAAUCAUUUUUGCUGUUCUUCGCGUUUUUUGUUUUAGCUUAAAUAAAAAGUAAUAAAAUUAAUACAACUUGUUUAUCCCAGAAUUCUUAGCUUAAAAAAUGGAAACAGAAAGUUUCUUUUGGUUAGGAAUCGGGUCUCCAGGGACUUUCGACAGGUCUGUCAAUGACAAAACAAUCAUAAGGCUCAAAGAAGUAGCGGGAAUUACAACUCAAAUAGAGAGAGAUUGAAAUCGUAGAGCACCGUAUCAGUUGCCACUAAUGGUGGCUGAAAAGUUGGGUUCUUAAACAUUUGAUUUUUAUCUAUUCUUAACUCAAGUAUUGUUUAAUAGUUGUUCUCUUCACAGCAUCUAUUCUACAAAGAAUAUUACUGCGUGAUCUCUUUACUGAUACGAUUUCUAAUUUCGGUGCUGAGUCUAGUUUGCGCUGUCCCCCUCGACUUCCCUCCGGGAAUGAAGGUGAUUUGAUUUAGGAUAGGACUUCUAAAUUGUGGGUGCAGAGUCUAGAAUGGCGUUACACUGAAUGUAGCUGAACAUAGUCCGAUAGGGGGUUCAGUUUCCAUCUCUCAGAGGUACCCACAUAUUAAACCCCCUCCCCCUCGGCAUCCCUCCGGGUAUCGAGGUGACUCGACUUAGGGUAGGAUUUUUAAGUUAUGAGUGUAGAAUGGCGUUACACUAAAUACAGCCAAAAGAGGAUAAUACCCUGUCUUCAUGCCUUGAUGCAGGUGAACAUUGACUCAUAGCGUGUUCGAUCUUUAAUCUCCCAGUGGUGCAUAGACUUCCACUCUUUCCCCCUCGGUUUCCCUCCUGGGAUUGAGUGGACUCGAUUUGGCCAACUAGUUACUAAGAAUGCUUUUCUGUUCAGCUUUAGCCAGUGUACAGACGCCCCUCUCCCCUCAAGGAGGGCUAGUUCAGCUUACAACCUCGUCCCCAGGGCUUUUCAGUUAGAAAAUGGCCUAGAGACGAGGUUGUUCAGCUUAGUAACGAAUCAGAGGCCCGUUUCUCAAACGGCCCGAUAACUUUUCGGUUCCGAAGGCAAAUUUUGAAAUCAAGUCCAUUUGAAUAGUAGCACAGUUCCUAGCUCACAAAUCGGUCACUUUGCUUCGUUAACUGAUAGUUUUAUUAUAACAAUUUCAAAAUUAAUGAAACUUUGAUAUUGAAUGCAAACACGGCAAACAUAAAAUAGCUUUUCGGGCCCUAAAAGUUAUCGGACUUUCGAGAAACAGGACCCAGGUUUCUUGGCUGUUCAUCAUGAGAUCAAUUUAUCAUGUCACAUAUUAACACUAAUGUUCUUUUGUCGUUUUCGCAGGCUUAUGAACCCUUUUAUGGUGCUCGCGUAUUUGUAGUGUUCGCAAGUAGAAGAAGGAAACUUCUCAAGUACGAUAAAAAAGAAGCAAAACAGAAUCUUUUUGCUUUAAAAUGUACUUUUUGUGCACAUUUAUAACUUGAAUGAAAAGGAUUAUAGUAAAGGAGUUCUUUCUCUGAUGUUUUUCAGGAUAAACUUUUUACCAGAUUUGGCUGGAAAAGUAAUGAGCAAGAAAGCGGAAUAUGUAAGUAUGGAAAACACUUUAUAUACAUGAAAAAAAUUCGGCCAAGGCAACAACACUAUUUCAGUUUCAACGAUCCUUAAGCCCCACCGCACGUAUCGGGAUAUUUUUGAAAACGGAGAUUAUUUUUCUCUGAAUUAGCCUUCCUUCCAUGGGCACCAAACUGCGGGUUUCCUGUGGGUGGGGAUCUUUGAAAACGCCUAAUUAUACGAUCUUCAAAGAGCGCACGGGACGUUAUCUUGUUUGAAUCGCUUUAGCGUCCUCGUGCCGUGGAUGGGUAAAAACGAUGUAAAUACGCUGCGUGUCGAUACGUACACUUAUGAAAAUUGUAGAAGAGGCCUUAGUGACCUCCUUAGUUCCUGUGUUUGCAUGUCAACCAGCAGAACCGAGACUCACAAGAAUAGCGUCGAACGGCAUUUGAUGUAAAAAGUUUUGAAUAUUCUUCAACUAGCACCUUUUAGAUUUAGAAUUAUAUAUAAACAUACCCAUAACUCGCGGUGUCGGGUAUGAGGUUUGCAAAUCAGUAGGGUUGGCAUAAAUGAGCUUUCUUGAGCGGCAUGACCAAGGUUAGAAGUUACCCUAACCCUCCUAACAGUUGCAAAAAAAAAGAACGAAAGAAAGGCACUUUCUUGCGAGGAGUGAUUUUCACGCGCGCUCGCGUUUCGCACGCUCUACUAUCCCUGAGGAAAAAUGGGGACUACUCGUAGGCUAGGGGACUGAGCUCGGAUUUUGAUAACAGAAUAAAACACUGAACAGACUUUGCCCUCGUUAUUCAAAAAGAGUAUCAGGUGCAUCAAGUAUCCCUUUUUUUUUCAGAUCUCACGUUACGGGGAACAGAUUAUUAGUGUUACAGUCAUGUUGGGUUGUCUUGGAUACGAAGGCUACGUCACUUUUACUGACCUUGCUGUAAAGCCCAUAUACGGUAAAAAGCCAUGAAAUGGCUUAUCGAUGUGCACGAACUGUCUAUUUUGAAAUAGCGUUAUGUCCUUACAGUUUUGUGUAUUGUUCUACAACCUCUUCCCCAGGGUCUUCACGUUUUUCAUUAUGGCGGUGUUAUAGUGAUAUGCGCAUCCCUACGUCGGUUUUGGGCAUCCCGAUUCCCAAAACCCUAGUGAUAUUGGCAUCCCCCUCUCAUAUUACCUUGACGAUUAGGGUUAGGGUUAGGGUUACAGAGGAUGCCCAUAUCAUCAGGGUUUUGGGAAUGGGGAUGCCUAAAACGCAGGGAUGCCCAUAUUACUGUGACAGCGGCGAAGGGAGAGAUCUUCUCUUUUAGAAAACAAAAGAACCCUGGGACGAGGAUGCUUUGUUCUGUUCUUAUGGUUUGUUUGAGAAAGUUGGUGCGUGCACUGAUAAAAAAAAAAAAAAACCUACUGAGUUCCCUACAGUCUGUUUUGGAUAAGAGACUAUGCCUUGCCUACGUUAAACAUUGAUCCUAUCACGGCAGGCUGAAUCAGACUAUCAGUAGGUUAACCUCUAAUCUAAAUGCCCAUCAAACUUAAUAAGUAUACAUCAUUGUUAUCACUCUUAGAAUGCUCCAAAUUACAAUCAAUAUUAUUGAUUGUAGUAAUUAUAUUACAUGUACCACAAUUAUCAUCAUCAUUAUUAUUGACUAUUAUUAUAUAAUUAUGACAGUCUUAAUAUGAAACUAGUGUUAAGUUUCACCGAUGUAGAGCGACUGUUCAAAACUACAAAUGAUCAAUUGCUUUAUCUUUCACCAAAAGCUUUCUAUUUUUGUUUUAUAAAAUCAAUUUUUUUAUCCAGAAAAAAUUAGAAGCCGGACCAAUAUCACACCAAACAGCUUACUAGCCCCAUGCCAAGCAUCGACAAAAAGACCACAGUUGAAAUCAGGAGACUUUCUAACUGAAAUAUUGUACUCUGCCUCUUCACCCACCGUAAGUUGUAACAAUUUUAUACGUUUGUAUUUCAAGAUAACCUCACGGUUUUAGCUGAACGCUCCAAGAUUCAUCUGCCUUUGGAUUUUGCUUGGAUAAAGAGAUUUGUGCUUCACGUGGUCGACUUUGUGCUGAAAGCUACAAAAGAUUUGCAAAGCUCGCUAAUUUUUUUUUUUUUGGGAGUGUCAACCGAAUGAAUUUUGCAACUUCCACCUUCCAUGUUUAUAUUCAUCAUCAUCAUCAUCAUCAUCAUCAUCAUCAUCAUCAUCAUCGUCAUCCUCAUCCUCAUCCUCAUCGUCAUCGUUAUCGUCAUCGUCAUCAGCAUCAUCAUCAUCAUCAUUUUCAUCAUUAUUAUCAUUAUAUUAUUACUAUUAUAUUUUCUAUUUCUCUGUUUUGCUCUUACUUCUAGGAUUCCGACGCCAUCACUUUAGUGACACAGCUAACUUUUGACCGAAUAACCAUGUUGAAGAGGAUUUUAAGAUUUUGGAAUGGUAAUAUGACAUNAACGUUUCUUGUUAAGAGGGAGACUGGGACGAGAGAAAAAUAUCUAAUAAUUACGCAGGAAUGGAUCAUUUCACAAAUCCCCAAUUAAUUUAGCUUAUUUGACUGUAAAUGAAAUAUUAUGGAAGGAAAAACGAUUGUGGUCACAUUCAGUAAACUGGUGUAAUCUGCAAAGUCCAAAUUUUGCAUAAUUAUGGGCGCGGCUGGUCACGUGAUCUAAAAAAAGGAGUGUUUAAGGUCCAAAGUGGUUCUGGUCUUAAACACACCGGUCUAAGAUUAAAAUAAAGGAAGAUACUGGAAAAAACAAGAUCAAGUCAUAAAACCCUGCAUGUAAAGAGGACCCAUUCCUUAAUUCACCGGAGGUGUACAGCCCACCUCUCUCCUCAGAAUAAUAUCGGAGCAGGGCCCUCUUUUUCUGAGGGGAGGGGGCGGCUGUACACAGGAUAGCCAGUACUUACCAUCAACCUUUAAACGAGUUCUUUUUAGGAGAGAGGUGUUGAUGGGAUUGCCACCGCAUUUAUUCACAAAGUAUUCCACAUUAUCUGUAAUCGUCAUAUAUGGAAAUAAGGUAAGUCAAGUGUGCUAAAUGUGUAAAAUACUUAACUUUAUACUAAUUGCGGUAAAAUAAUUUUUAUCUAGACAUCUUCUCUUUAAAAAUUUGGCCAAAGUCGUGAAAUUUCAGUAUUUGAGUGUUUAUUACUGAAAAGAUUGCCUCUGUCGACUUUGGUUUUUCAUCAGAUUGGCCUACAAUACCCAAUCAAUCGCCUCAGGAAUAUCGCAAUCAGGUAAGUAUUUGCUUAGGUACAGUAUUAUAGCAUUUUACACCCCUCAAAUUUUCAGACCAAACUGAAUGCCCGAUCUCAAAUAAUGAAGAUCUCCCGACCAAGACAGGAGCAGCGAUCAUCAAAGAGACAAUCCAUGGGAGUAAGUGAGAUGGCUAGGAUCAAGAGGAGCAAGAGAGGUUUUUAUUGUCUCUUGCUAGAACAUGCCGCUGUCGCUUGAUUCAAGCUUCACAUUAUGGCGACCUAAAGAAACUUGCCACCUGAGAGUCAAGAAAAGGCUGAUUCACAAGGGACUGACUAUUGAGGCAGUCCCCAGAGCAGCAGCAGUUAUAGCAGGGUGUCGAUACUUCUUAACGCCUUAAACGACAGUCGGCGCAGUAUAUAGCGGAUUUAGUGAGUGAGGGAGUGAGUGAGUAUAAGCGAGUGAGUAUCAUAUAUUUUACAAGGUUUGUUAGACUAUUCUUGUCAAUCAUCUUUCAGGAACGCUAAAACGCAGUAUAUAUUUCUCGUUGACGUGGAUUUUGUUCCUUCACCCUAUUUGGAAAUCGUUGCACGGUAAGCAAGUGCAUUGUAAAAGCUUUCACAAAACUAUCUCACUUAAGCGUGUCCUGUUCACUACGCAAGGGAACAUAAAUAUUUUUCCACUAACUGACUUUCUGAAACUCUUUUCAGAGAUAAUAUCAUUGAGUACAAUAAAAAAAGAAAUAAUACAGAUGACAAGGUGGCCUUUGUUGUUCCUGCAUUUGAUGGUGCAAGAAAUCUGGUUGGUCAAUUCAAACUGUAUUCAAUUAAGUAAACUUUAAACACACACACAAAAAAAACAGUUAACAAGGCAGCCCACUGAUUGUAAAAAUACUCUAACUAGCAGAGCUGCACUGUCAUCAUUCUAUUUGUUCUUCGAUUCAGUUCUGUCUUUCUUUAAUCAUGAGAUUCUAAGAGUAUUCCUUUACAUAAACUACUUAGAUAUGCGACGCAUAGCCCCUCACAGAAGUUUGGGAGUAUCCCUGUGGAGAGACGACAAAGGGGGAACGACCUUUAGAAUGCGAUUUAACCGUCGUUUUGACAGUUUGCAUUGCGCGUUGAAGCGCCGGGUUUUGACAACGGUUCUUGGCUGCUGACUGAGAUUUUCGAUGUUUCCUUACAGUGCCCAGGUCCCUGGAUUUACGAAAACGAAACCCGUUGCCUCUGCAACUAUGGUCUCUUUUUGAUUAACUUGAGGAGGACAAAUUUUCAUAGUAAAAAUCAUGAUAUUAGGUUCUGUUUCCUAGCUGUAGAUGUUAGACAUGUAGGUUUAUGUCGUAGGAUUUAGUCAGCGUAGCCUGCGUAGCAAGCACUUCCGUGUGGUUUCGGAGCAAAGAACGUAACGAGGAACGAGAGUCAAAGACCACGCGAGCUAAGUAGGAUGAAAUAAAAUUAUUUUCACUCCACUCUCUUGCAGUUUACAAGAGAACUCCCGGAGACAAAAGAGAAGCUCGUCAAAAUGGUAAAAAGAAAAAGGAAACUGUCUCCAUUUAGUAUCCUUUCCCAUAAUACUUUAAUCUCUUAACCUUGCUGUUCUGAAAAAAAAAAAUUUCACAGCACCCAUACAUAAAAAAGGUAGAGAUGAAAAUUAAGUCAUUUUUCUAGAAGUUUUAAGUUUUAUGAUAGCGCGAUUUGAAAGACCUUGAAAUGGUUCCUGUCACUGUAAUGGUGAAAAUUACGAUAUUUGAUUAAGCCAGCUGCAUGCUGCUUUAUAUCCUCUGGACCCUCCUGGAUACAAAAGUAGUCCGUAUGAGCCUUGGAAUCUUCUAAGUACUUAAACUACUAUAAUUUCAUGGGGCCAAAUCAGUGCAAUUUAGGUAGUGUACAUCUCAAUCAGCCGUUAGGUUUUCAAAAUAAGUCAAGUAUUCUGAAUAAGGUAAUGAGAUUUGGCCAAGCCUUUUUUAAAAAUCGUUUCAAAGCUAUAAAUGCAACCCAAACUAGAAGGUCUCUUUAAUUACUGUCGAUUAUUUCCGAUUUAUUAGAAAGCCCCCAUACCCAUGAUCUCCACUGUUAUAUUACAACCGUGACUCCUUGACCACCUCCCAGGGCAGAUCGAGUCUCCAUUAUCUCAUAGCUCUACAAACUAUAGCAAGUGGUACAAUGCCAACGAGUCGUAUGAAGUCAGCGGCUACCAGGACAAAUACGAACCUUAUUUGAUUCUUAGGUGCUGUUAUAUAGCUUAAUAUGCAACUGAUUUUAAAUACCAAAGUUAGUCUUUGAUUAAGGAAUAAAACUGAAUGCCUUGUAGGAAUUCCUUAUGUUUCUGGUAUCUGCUCGACCCUAAUUGACGUUUUAAGUCAAGUUUCCCCUUCCAUCCCCCAGGCCUUUCUUGUUAUUACUACUAGUAUUCAUAAAUGCAAAAGCUUUUACUGGACUUUACCCUACUUUGACCUUGUAUUUAGCAGAGAAUCUGCGUUUUAUAAGUACAUCAUCAAUUUUAAUUAAUUUUAGUUGGUAUCAAAAUACCAUCUUAAAAAAAGACAGAGACAUUUAUCCCCUCAUUGAGGGUCUGGAUUGGAGCGUUUCUGUGGAACUUACAAUCCUCCAGCGAUUUACCUGGUGUAACACGUCUUCCACCAGUACUUUGUGCUAGCUAUACGAGUAUAACAUUUCUUUAAGAUUGCAACGUUAACAAAGCACUCGUUUAUUUGCAGAAUGACUCCUGAACUGCCACUCUAUGACGAGAGAUUUACGGGCUAUGGCAUGAAUAAGAUUUCACAUAUUAUAGAGCUAAUGAUUUUGAGGUAUAUUCCCCUUUUUCGUUCCUUUUUUUUUUCUUUCUCAACUUUACAUCACUGCUAAACAUUCGGAUUUUCUCAAUUAUUAUCGCGCUUUCCGCACUGUUAUGGCAUUAGGCAAGAUGUAAAAUGGUGAAAGUAGGUUUUUAAAACGGUUUUUUUCUUAAGGCGAUCUACCUAAACCGAUAGUGAGAUCUCAGGCAUCUGCCAUUGUUGUUUUCAGCACCAACUUCGUCUAUCGUAAACCUUCUACUACAACCUUACUUUUUCCAUAAAGCUUCGUAAUCGCUUUUAAAAUCAGAAUACUCCAUAAUGUGUGGAAAAAUAAAUUAUAGAUUUAAAGAGAUAUAACAACACAGUCACUUUUCACUAAAUGAUAAUAUUAAAUUGACUUUUUUCUGAGUUUAAGUUUACUGUACCUUAAUUCUUAGGUAUAAAUUUAUCGUUUUGCCUGAUGUGUGGAUUGUCCAUCGGUAUCACAGAUUGUCACCCUUGUCAUUUGCUCACAUGACGGUAAGUUAUCUGGAAAAUAAGUGUCUAAUUCGUCAUUCGUGACUUCACAGCACAAAAACCAACAGGGUAACCUAAAGGAGACCAUUUUGCAAAUCCGGCAAAUGCCAGCACUAUGGAGACCGGGCAAUAUUGCGGGCUUAAAAGACAGUGUUUAAAGUAUUUCCAUUGACUCAAGUAAAGUAAAGAAAGCGGCUUUGUAAAUUAACUGGGCUAUUUAUAGUGCAAUAAGUGAAUAGUGAAACUACUACAAUAAUGAAGAGUUCAAUUAUCACAUAGUUGAUUGGUGAACCGAUAUACCGGAGUGAUGACGUGCAAAAACCCUCUACUAAUUUUAGUUUUUGUCACUAUUAUAUUUGCAGGAUCCUGAUAUUCGCUUCAAAAACAGACUGAAGCGUUUUGAAUUUAUCAACGAUUUGUACACUAAAUACAAGAUAGGACAGUGCAAUUCG